GCGGCGGCGGCGGCGGCGAGGGUCCGGAGAAGAACUACAGCUGCAGUCUGGCCUAGCGCGCCCGGGGGCUGUGGAGCCCCCAGCCGGGGCCAUGGACCUCAACCGGAUCAUUCAGGCGCUCAAGGGCACCAUCGACCCGAAGCUCCGGAUCGCGGCCGAGAACGAGCUCAACCAGUCGUACAAGAUUAUCAAUUUUGCUCCCAGUUUACUUCGGAUUAUAGUCUCUGACAAUGUGGAAUUCCCAGUACGCCAGGCGGCUGCCAUCUACCUGAAGAACAUGGUGACGCAGUAUUGGCCAGACCGAGAACCUCCACCCGGAGAAGCUGUAUUCCCAUUCAACAUCCAUGAAAAUGACCGGCAACAGAUUCGAGAUAAUAUAGUGGAAGGCAUCAUUCGCUCUCCUGAUCUAGUGAGAGUGCAGUUAACUAUGUGUCUUCGCGUUAUUAUCAAGCAUGAUUUUCCUGGAUACUGGCCGGCCGUGGUGGACAAGAUAGACUGCUACUUGCAAUCACAGAGCAGUGGGAGCUGGCUGGGCAGCUUGCUGUGUUUGUAUCAGCUGGUGAAGACUUAUGAAUAUAAGAAAGCAGAAGAAAGAGAACCACUCAUAGCAGCAAUGCAGAUAUUUCUGCCACGAAUUCAGCAACAAAUUAUGCAACUUCUUCCUGAUCCCUCCCAUUAUUCUGUAUUACUACAGAAGCAGAUUCUGAAAAUCUUUUAUGCACUGGUUCAGUAUGCCUUGCCCCUUCAGCUGGUGAAUAAGCAAAUCAUGACAACGUGGAUGGAGAUUUUCCAAACCAUUCUCGACAGGACUGUUCCUCCUGAGACUCUACAAAUUGAUGAGGAUGACAGACCGGAGCUGGUGUGGUGGAAGUGUAAGAAGUGGGCCCUGCAUAUUGUAGCUCGUCUCUUUGAACGGUAUGGAAGCCCAGGAAAUGUCACCAAAGAAUACUUUGAGUUUUCUGAAUUCUUUUUGAAAACCUAUGCUGUAGGAAUUCAGCAGGUUCUACUAAAAAUUUUAGAUCAGUAUAGACAGAAAGAAUAUGUGGCUCCUCGUGUUCUUCAGCAGGCCUUCAACUAUCUCAGCCAGGGGGUGCUUCACUCCGUGACCUGGAAGCAGAUGAAGCCACACAUACAGAGUAUCUGUGAAGAUGUGGUUUUUUCUGUUAUGUGCUACAAGGAUGAAGAUGAGGAGCUGUGGCAAGAAGAUCCCUAUGAGUAUAUCAGGAUGAAAUUUGAUAUUUUUGAAGAUUAUGCCUCUCCCACCACAGCGGCUCAGACUCUGCUAUACACUGCUGCAAGGAAGAGGAAAGAGGUGUUGCCAAAAAUGAUGACAUUCUGUUAUCAAAUCCUAACAGACCUGAACUUUGACCCUAGGAAGAAAGAUGGAGCCCUGCAUGUGAUUGGUUCCCUAGCUGAGAUUUUAUUAAAGAAAAGUUUAUUCAAGGACCAAAUUGAGUUGUUUCUUCAGAAUCACGUAUUUCCUUUGUUGUUAUCUAACCUGGGAUAUCUUCGAGCUCGAUCCUGCUGGGUGCUGCAUGCUUUUAGUUCUUUGAAAUUUCAUAAUGAACAGAACCUAGGAAGUGCAGUCGAGUUAGCAAAGAAGAGCCUGAUUGAAGACAAAGAGAUGCCUGUCAAAGUGGAAGCCGCCCUGGCCCUGCAGUCAUUAAUUUCUAACCAGAUCCAGGCUAAGGAAUAUAUGAAGCCCCACGUGAGGCCAAUUAUGCAGGAACUGUUGCACAUUGUUCGAGAGACAGAAAAUGAUGAUGUCACUAAUGUGAUACAGAAGCUGAUCUGUGAAUACAAUCAGGAAGUGGCUUCCAUUGCUGUGGACAUGACCCAGAACCUGGCUGAAAUAUUUGGCAAAGUUCUUCAAAGUGAUGAAUAUGAAGAAGUUGAGGACAAAACAGUAAUGGCUAUGGGAAUUUUACAUACCAUUGAUACAAUUUUAACAGUUGUGGAAGAUCAUCAAGAGAUUACUCAGCAAUUAGAGAAUAUCUGUCUACGGAUUAUUGAUCUUGUUUUACAAAAACAUGUAAUUGAAUUCUAUGAAGAAAUUCUUUCCCUGGCAUAUAGUUUAACCUGCCACACCAUCUCCCCUCAUAUGUGGCAGCUUCUAGGUAUUUUAUAUGAAGUUUUUCAGCAGGAUUGCUUUGAAUACUUUACAGAUAUGAUGCCUCUCCUGCAUAAUUAUGUGACAAUAGAUACAAAUACUUUACUGUCAAAUCCAAAACAUUUAGAAGUCCUUUUCACAAUGUGUAGGAAGGUGCUCUGUGGAGAUGCAGGAGAAGAUGCUGAAUGUCAUGCAGCGAAGCUUCUGGAAGUCAUCAUUCUUCAGUGCAAAGGAAGGGGAAUUGAUCAGUGCAUUCCACUUUUUGUUCAACUUGUCUUGGAGAGAUUAACUCGAGGGGUGAAAACGAGCGAGCUCCGCACUAUGUGUCUGCAGGUGGCUAUUGCUGCGCUGUACUAUAACCCUGACCUGCUGCUGCACACCUUAGAGCACAUCCAGCUGCCUCCCCACCCGGGGCCCAUCACCGUACAGUUCAUAAACCAGUGGAUGAAUGACACUGACUAUUUCCUUGGGCACCAUGACCGGAAAAUGUGUAUAAUAGGGUUGAGUGUCCUCUUGGAGUUACAAAACCGGCCUCCUGCUGUGGACGCUGUAGCAGGGCAGAUCAUCCCCUCUAUUCUUUUCCUCUUCCUUGGCCUAAAGCAAGUCUGUGCUUCUAGACAACUGGUAAACCAUGAAGAUCGCCCCAAAGUAGAGAAAGAUGAUCUGGAAGAAAAUGAGGAGAUUUCCAGUGACGAGGAGGAGAAAAGUGUGUCUGUGCAGGCGAUGCAGUCUGUGAAUAGGCGAGGUGCAGAUGAGGAAGAUGAAGACGAGGACUGGGAGGAGGAAAUCCUGGAGGAGACGGCCCUGGAAGGAUUCAGCACUCCGCUUGACCUAGACAAUAGUGUGGAUGAAUAUCAAUUUUUCACUCAAGCUCUGCUAACUGUGCAGAAUCGGGAUGUGGCUUGGUACCAACUACUGAUGGCACCUCUCAGCGAAGACCAGAAGAGAACACUACAGGAGGUGUACACACUGGCAGAGCAUCGGAGGACAGUGGCAGAGGCAAAGAAGAAGAUUGAACUGCAAGGAGGCUUCACAUUUGAAAACAAAGGUGUCCUCUCGGCCUUUAACUUUGGAACAGUGCCCAGCAGUGACUGAAGGCGGGAUCAGAGCUGUCCCAAUGUCACCACUGCAUUUGAUCUCACACUGGACUGUGGACAUGUGAGGGUCGAGGAUAGGGAGGCAGGGAGCUGCUUUGCAGAGUGCCCCCUGCGGUCCCAGUGCCGGCAUAUCUACUCUCCCUUUCCCCUUUGGCCCUUCUCACCUUGAAGUAUGUAUUUCUCAACAGCUACUGUCGUGUAUGAAAUUAAAGGCAACACAGAAAUCAUUACAUGGAAAAGAUAAAGCAUCCAGAGGCUGGAAAGCCCCAAGACGACCUCUAGAGGACUGAAUAGGCCUGUGUGUCUCAGGUUAUUUUGCCAUGCAGAAUCAGCGGACCCACGUGGGAACAGUGCCUUCUGUUGUACAUGAAUUAUCUGAAAAAAUUUUCUGGAGUGUGUUGUAGCUUUUUUUUUUUAAAAGCAUAAAAUGUAUUUCUAGAUAUACUGUAAACUUUGGUUAUAUGUUGAUAUAUUGUACAUUUUCCUCUGUGAAUUUACUGUUAAGCACUUACACUGAGAAUCUGAUUUCAAAAAACUCCACCUUUGACCACUCUUGAGCAGGGGGCUCACUUCAGGGUUGCAAAAUAUGCACUGGCUCUGGCUCUUCA